GCUCUGAGGAAAGAUAUUUUUUCAUAAAACAGAAUCUACAUAUUUUUAUCUUUUAGAUGCUGCCACUGCUGAUCUUAUUGUUUGUUGGUGGCCUCAGAGCCCUUGACCUAGAGGCAUCUGAAGGUAUAGGAGACACAGAAGAAGUUUUACAAUGUUCUCAGGCUAACUCUUAUCAUAUUAUGCUCAUUGGUGAAACUGGAGUUGGUAAAAGCACGUUUGGUAAUUAUAUCUUAGGACUAAAUGCCUCCGAGGGUUUUGAAGUUGGAGUAGGGGCUGACUCAGUAACAGUCAGCACUGAGACACUUACUGGAUACUUCUUGGGAGACAAGACCAACUUAUGCAUCUCGGUUACAGACACUCCUGGCCUUGGAGAUACUCAGUGCAGAGAUGAAAAGCAUAUGCGGGGCAUAGUCAAGACAAUCAUGGAUGUUAAAAAGGUUGACCUUUUCAUCUUGAUUUUCAAAGGAACAGCACCAAGGUUUCACACUGGAAGCCAGAGCAUGAUUCAAAUGUUUCAAAAACUCUUUGGUAAUGAUCUGUAUUCAAGCAUGAUCAUACAGUUUACAUUCUUUCGUCAUGAUCAGAGAUCUAGACUUCUUAGAGAAAUGGCAAAUUUAACAAUGAUAGAAAAAUCAAAGUCAUGGAAUGAUCAGUUCAAAUUAAGGUUGAAUUUAACACAUGAUAUUCCUACCACCUUCAUUGAUCCUCUUUACAUGCCUGUGCUUGCUGAUUCUGUUGAAAAGAGUACACAAGAGGCUGAAAUAACAAAGUUACAUAGUUGGAUGAGAGCAGAAAUGGAAUAUGUUUGUUCUGAUGACUGCUUGGAGCGAAUGAAACUUUGGUAUAAAAUGAAAUAUCCAAUUAUACACAGCUCAGAACUAGUUAAAGUAAAACCAGGAUCACAAGUGCAUCUGAGAUGUUCAAUCUGGCUUCAAUCUUACUGUUCACCAACUGUUCAAAAUAAGGAUUUGUCUUUGAGCUGGGUUAUUUAUGCCAACUCAUCUGAGCAGCCCAUUGAUGUUGAUGUUAUGGGAAAUUAUAGCAUCGAGUAUUUCAAUGAGUCAACAGUGGAGACUUCCAUCCUUUCCUUUGAUAUGAAUGAUGCUACUGAGGGUAGAUACACAUGUAAAUAUGCUAAUGCUUCAAGUCAGAGUGUGUCCUCUGAGAUGAUUUUAGGACCAAAGGAAGAUGGGUAUGUAACUAGCUGGUCGGAUUGGAGUGAAUGCUUCUGGAGGAAUGGAAUUUCUUUCAAGAAGCGGCAUAGACACUGCAUUCUUCCUAAAAACAGGGGAGCUCCUUGCUCAGACACUAUGGAGGAAGAGCAACCUUGCAACAAUAUCGAGUUUUCAGAUGCAGAGAACUGCUUCAACAAGGGAUACAGUUGGGACAAUACAUAUGACAUUGAUUUCAUCAGAGGAGACAUGAAUCAGUUCGCAUGUCUAUCCAAAUGUUUAGAGAAUCCUAAGUGUAUGGCCUAUACAUGGUUAAAGGCAGAUACAACAGAACCAACCAAUGUGUGUAAACUGUUCAGCUCGGUUGGUAUCUCUGUUCCCUCUGAUGGAAUCAGUGGCAGUAGGGACUGUCUCUGCAGUGCUAACAAGGCCUGCAAGAUAUCUAAAGACAAGUCAAUUUCUCCAAUUUUCAGCAUCUCAACCCCUACAGAGCGGAUGUGCAAACAGCUUUGCAAGAAAUCUCCAGAUUGCACUAGGUACACCUGGUAUGAUGAAACCAGCUUUGCUAAAUUUCAGUGUUAUCUCUAUGCUGAUUGUGAAGAAGAAUCUGAGGAGUGUACAGACUGUCAUACUGGAUUGCCAGACUGUGCAGACAACUUUAAACAAUUUCAAAUUUCUACGUUUGAUGAAAGAAGCAGAAACCUGAAAAAUAAAGAUUUUGGUGGCAUUAAUGAUUGUGAACUGUUAAAAAGUCAAGGAACAUCUGUCUUCUGGUAUAAGUUUACUGGCCAAGCUGGAACGAAACUUCCAACAUGCGAUCAAGUAGAGAGCUAUACAACCUCUACUCCCUAUUUUGAGGACACUCUGGUUAUUUGCAUAGACGGACAACAUCCUCUCCACUCUUCAGAGGUCUUGUUGACUCGUAAACUUAUUUAUAUUGACUUUAGUCAUAUUGCCUACCCAACUAGCAGCAUGAGCGUGAAGAAAUAUAGAGAUGAAUAUAUCUAUGGUAUACCUGCUAUAUCAUGUUCAAAUGAACAUUUAAGAAUCAUGGGAAUAUAAUGUUAUUAGAUGUUUCAAUAAACUAUUGGCACUUAC